AACGCUAUCAUCAGUACAACGUGUGGUUGAACCAUCCACAAAAAUACACGACGAAAUACACGAAAUAAUUCAUUUAUUACACGAAUAAAUAAACAUUACAUACGAGUUUUUUUUCACCAGUUGAAAAAAAAAAAGUAAACGAACAUGCAAGUUUAUGAGAGGUUAUCUUGUUACUCAACACGUGAGGAUUGGAAAAAUUUAACUAAUUUAUUACAAGAAGAAAAUAUUAUAAAAAAUGAAAAUGGUGUAAUAAAUCGUCAAAUGCUUGCCAAAUUGGCAGAGCUUUUAACAAGAAGAAACAUUUCUCUACCAAUGGAUUUAAUGAUGUUGAUUUUAAAAUGUUUCAUGGAUUCUUGUGAUAAAUUAUUAAAUAAACCACAACAAUUGAAUGCUAUCAAUGAAAAUAUUCAAGUAAAUUGCUGGAAUGAUUUGUAUAAAUCCAUAUCUGAAGAUGAUAAAUUUUGGAUUGAUAAUAAAAAUUUAUGUGAUAAUUAUUUUCCAUAUGAAGGUGUGGGACAAUGGGUCAUUGAUUAUCUCACAAAUAAUUUAUCCAAAAUUAAUGAUGAAUAUUUAAAAUUCAUUAAAAGAUGUAUUUGCUUAUUGUGCAAUAUAAUUUGUGUAUCACCACAGUAUGAUCUUCCAAAAUUCAUACAAUCAAUUAAUUUUAAUUCAACAAUUUUAAAAUUAUUGGAGAUUGAUGAUAAAUUAGUACGUCAUCCAUUGUGUGCACUUAUUCACAAUAUAAUUUACAAUUCAAAAGAAACAAUAUUUAAUGAUAGUGAAUUAAAGCUAAUUAUUGCUGAUCUUAUUGAAGACAAUACAAUUAAUAUUAAUCCAGCUUAUGAUUCAAUAAUGUUUCUCGUAAAAACAUCACCAAAAUUUUUAUCAAUUGUUUAUAAUGAUUUAUCAGAUGAUAGAAAAUUAAAUUUAUUAGAAAUGAUACAUCAAAAUUUAAAAGAUAUUGUUUAUGAUAAUAAUAAUGAUAAUGAUAAAACAACUGUUAUAACAAAUGAAGGAAUAAUUUUUUUAAAAGAAAGAUUUAAAAGAAGAAGUGAUUUAAUUUUAAAAACCGAAAAAUCAUAUUUGGAUGGUAUGGAACCAACUGAAGUGACAAUGUUGCUUGAUAUUUUGGCAUUAAUAUCAUCAAACGAACAAUAUAAUGAAAUUGUUUUACAGAUUGAUACGAGUCUACUGAUAAAUGCUCUUUAUCUUUUGAGAGCUUUUCAUGCUGCUGGUAAAAAAGAUGAAGAAAAUAAUUUUACACCACUACUCAAGUUAAAUGAUAUUGCACCAAAUAGUUCAAAUAGAACUACUGAUCCAGAAAAACAUCCAGCAUUUGGAUUUAAAGCUGGACUUGUAAGAUUGAUUGGAAAUCUUGUACAUAAACAUAAAAAAAAUCAGGACACGGUAAGAGAAAAUGAUGGAAUUGCAUUAUUACUUGACUGCUGUAAUAUUGAUGCUAGAAAUCCAUUAAUUUUGCAAUGGACAAUAAUUGCAAUUCGAAAUUUAUGUCAAAAUAAUUUUGAUAAUCAAAAAAUCAUUCAAGACAGUUCUAAAAUCAAAACAAUUGAUAGUAGUGUACUACAAAGCAUGGGAAGAAUACUUGAUGGAGAUCCACAAACUGGAAAAACUAUUGGAGUUGUGCAAUUACCAAAGAAAGAAUAACUUAAUUUAUAUUUAUUAUAAAACUCGUCUAUAAAUUUAACUAAUAACUUGGUUUUUUUUAUACUUUUCAUGGAUUUUCUAAUUAUAAUAUAAAUUCAAAAGGUCCAGGAAGUUGAUUAUUUUUAUAUUUUCGAUUAUCCCGGAUAUUAUUCAUUACGAAAAUUUUUUUUUUGAUAAUUUCACGAUUUUUUUUGUAACGAAAUUUCUUACGUUUAUUCAUUGUAUUUAAUUCAAUAAUAAAUACAAUAAUUGACAAUAAAAAACCUAUUAAAAGAAUAAAAAA